UACCCUGAUACGAACUUCCAAAUGAAUGAUGAUUUACCUCCAAUGAAAGAACCUAAUUUAAAUGAUUAUAUUUUAGAAGCAAAUCAAGCAGAAGAAAAACCGACGAAUAAAAAUAAAGCCGGAAUCAUCGCUGGUUCUAUAGUUGGUGCUUUAGCCCUUAUUGCUAUUAUUGUCGCUGUUGUAUUUAUUGUAAGGGCAAAACGUGCGGAAAAAUCUGCUUCUGACAAGGAAGUAACAGUUUGA